GCCGGCGACGGGCGGGGCACGGUGCCCCACGCCUUUCACCGAUUCGGCAGCUGCCCCCGUCCACGUCGCGCUCCACCGCUCGUCCUCCCCACCCCGAAUUGCACACACACGCCUUGUCCUUCACCGCGCGCCUCACCACCGCCUCCUCCUCCUUAUCACAAGCAACGCGGCCUCUGCCUUCUCCGUCCCCCGUUUCCCCUUCUUCUCCUUCCCCGUCUCGCUCCCUCGAGCUCCUCGCUCUCCGGCGGCCUCUAGAAUCUGCUCCGGCUUAGCCCAGCUAGCUAGCAGCUCGAGACCGUGGAGGCGGAGGGCGGCGACCGGCUGGCCGAGGAGGAUCCCAAGAUGGGGCGCGGCAAGAUCGAGAUCAAGCGGAUCGAGAACGCCACCAACCGCCAGGUCACCUACUCCAAGCGCCGCACCGGGAUCAUGAAGAAGGCGCGCGAGCUCACCGUGCUCUGCGACGCCCAGGUCGCCAUCAUCAUGUUCUCCUCCACCGGCAAGUACCACGAGUUCUGCAGCCCCGGAACCGACAUCAAGACAAUCUUUGACCGCUACCAGCAGGCCAUCGGGACCAGCCUAUGGGUCGAGCAGUAUGAGAAUAUGCAGCGCACGCUGAGCCAUCUCAAGGACAUCAAUCGCAACCUGCGCACAGAGAUUAGGCAAAGGAUGGGUGAAGAUCUGGACAGUCUGGAGUUCGACGAGCUGCGCGGUCUUGAGCAAAAUGUUGACACCGCUCUCAAGGAGGUUCGCCACAGGAAGUAUCAUGUGAUCACCACACAGACUGAAACCUACAAGAAGAAGGUGAAGCAUUCUUACGAGGCGUACAAGAACCUGCAGCACGAGCUGGGCAUGCGCGAGGACCCGGCGUUCGGGUUCGUGGACAACACGGCGGCCGGCGGCGGCGGGUGGGAUGGCGCGGUGGCGCUGGGCGGCGGCGGCGGCGGCCCCGGCCCGGACAUGUACGCCUUCCGCGUGGUGCCGAGCCAGCCCAACCUGCACGGCAUGGCCUACGGCUCCCACGACCUGCGCCUCGGCUGAUACAUCUGCUAUCUAGUGGCGAUCGACUUGCAUUGCCAUGCCCUGCAGUGUCCAUCUCUGCACGCCAAGCAAGUUCGAUUCAUCACCUAGUAACGACUAAGGUAUUGUAACGAAUAAGCUGACGAACUAGCUAGCUUAGCCGCGUAUGUGCUUGUUUCGUCCACGGCCCCAGCUCUAGCUACGUGGUAUUAUUGUCAUGUCAUGUAAUCUAUCGUUCGUGUGCUAUACUUCUACAGUACUAACUACUUUGUGUGACGUGUAUCAUUUAUUGUUGUAUUGUAUUGUAUUGUGGUACAAUGUACUGGCUAUUGGUUGAUGUUCAAGAAGAAACAGUGUAUUGGUUGAUUACGUCAGACA